UCAGGUGGGACUCCCUCGCCAUGGCUCAUCAGUUAGUGAUUCUCUGUGUGUGCCUGUAUGCGUGCACAGCGGUUUGUGCCUCUGAAGGUAUCCAAGCGACAAGAAAGGACAAGAAGCAGACGAACCGUUUCAUGCCAGCAGCAGCUGGACACAACAUACCUGUCCAUCCAGUGAGCAGGUCUCAGUGCUUGGUGAAUGGGAUCUUUCUGUUUGAGGGAGCCGUCUGGUCUCCAGAUUCCUGCAGCGUGUGUCAAUGUAGAUCCGGAGCCGUUCGCUGCCAUGCAGUUCCCUGCCUGGAUGCAGCUCCUCUGGCCAGCAGGCCUGCGGUCAGAAAACAGAAACCAGCCAGUGGAGUGAAGCUGGAGAAAACGAACCAAGGAAAGAGCGUCCAUCAGCAGAAUGGGAAGGAGAAGAGCGUCCCAGAGGUCAAGCCGAAGGCUCCACCUCCUGCACUGAAGAAGCCACCGCCUCCACCAAUAAAGAGACUAGAAAUAGUUAAACCUCAAACGCAGCCGCAGUGGUGGGACAGGAAGCUGGUCCUGGGGCCGAGUGUGGUGGAGAGAAGGAGAUUUGACCACGAUGACCAUGAUGACGACGACUACAUGGAAGACGACAGUGACAGCAAUGAUGACGAUGACGAUGAUCGCACCUUCUUAAUUAGCAGCCCAAGCAGCCAGACUGACAGACUGGCAUCAGCUCACAGGGUGGCAUAUGAAGGCAGACUGGCAUCAGCUGGCAGAGCACCAUCAACUGGUAGACUAGCAUCAGCUAACAAAGUGGCAUCAGCUAAAAAAGUGGAUCACAGAGUGGCAUCAAGGGACAAACUGGCAGCGUUCCCUGCGCAGAAGCCAGCAUUGCCACCAACCCUAAGACCUUUUGCCCUGCCUACUAAACAGUCUGUAGUUUUACCCGCUGGGAGGCCCUUGCCGGUGCCCGGCAAGCACUCAGCAGGCCCAAGGGGUCCAGGGCGUCCAUUUAUUGCCCCGUACGUUUAUAUGGAGUCCCUCCCAGCUGGCUGCCUGCUAUACGAGUCCCUGAUCGCCUGCGGCAGCACAGGCCUCACGCACCUGCCCCUGAUCAAAGACACCGGCCUCCGCAUACUCUACCUGUCAGAUAAUAAGAUCAGUAAGAUUCCCACUCGGGCUUUCGCCGGCUUGCCCAACCUGGAGUGGCUCGACCUGAGCAAAAACAAACUGGACGACUUCUCUCUGGGCCAGGACGUGUUUAAAAAUCUGACCAAACUGCGGAGGCUGAAUCUGGACGGGAAUAAUCUGACCAAAGUGCCGCCUCUGCCUCCGUCUCUCCUGGAGCUCAAGAUAAACGACAACAAGCUGAGCGGACUGACGCCACACAGCUUUAGGGGUGUGUCUCAGCUGCUGACGCUGGAGCUGGAGGACAAUGAGUUCCACGAUGGAAACGUUUCUCCUUUGGCCUUCAGAAACCUCGGCAAGCUCAUCUACCUCAGGCUGGACGAUAAUGACUUCAGAGCCAUUCCCUCAGGCCUGCCGACCUCACUUCAGGAGCUGCGUCUCUCUGAUAACCAAAUCGAGGUUGUGCAUGCUGGACUCCUCAAUAAGACGGUAAACCUGAGAGUGCUGAACCUCAGCCAUAACAAAAUCAGAGAGGACCGCAUCGCACCCAGAGCCUGGAUCCAUUUACGUAAACUGGAGUCGCUGGACUUGUCCUACAAUAAGCUGGUGCACGUCCCAUCCUUCCUGCCUGUGGGGCUCCGUCAGCUCAUGCUGCACCACAACCAGAUCGAGCGCAUUCCUGGGUACGUGUUCGCCCACCUGAAGCCGGGGCUGGACUCCCUGGACCUCUCCUACAACCGGCUGCGUGAGGACGGGGUCAGUGAGGUGUCCUUCAUGGGCCUUUACCACUCACUGACCGAACUGCUGCUGGACCACAACCAGCUCAGAGCCAUACCGCGUGGAAUAAUACAGUUACGAGCCCUGCAGCUACUGCACCUCAACCACAACUACAUCAGUUCUGUGCCGAUGAACUCUCUGUGCGACUCCACAGCUCGUGAGGACUCUCCUCUGCUCUCCGUUCACCUGCAGAACAACCUGAUCGAGCGCCGUCUGAUUCCGCCCACAGCGCUGUCCUGCAUCAGAACGUACCACAGCGUCCUGCUGCGGCCUCAGAGACACGAGUACAUACACGAGUAACACGAACACACACGUGUACCCAGAUCCUGGUGCUAUUCUCCUCCUGAAGGCCCCACCCCUUCUACCUACUGCCCUUACCUGGCUCAGGUGGACCACAGAUGCCUUUCUCAGCUCUCUCUCUCUCUCUCUCUCUCUCUCUCUCUCUCUCUCUCUCUCUCUCAGGGCAGAUUUUAUGUCUAAAAGUCUGUAGACUCCAGUGUUUCUUCUGCCAUUAACUCAUAAAGUGAGUUUGUCCUCCUUUGCUGCUGUAACAGCUUCUACAUUAUUAGAAAAGAUGGUUCUUUGAGGGUUCUUUAGUAAAGACAAUGGUUCUUUAUAGAACUCUGAACAUGCAAAGGCAGUUUGCAUGCUUAAGUGGUUCUUUGCAUGGUGAUAUGGCUCUUCAUAUUGAUGGAGAAUGUGUUGUAUAUGGUUGGGUAAUGAACCAGAAAGAGUUCUGCUGUUAUGAUGUCAUGCUAGUAUACAAUAGCAGAACCCUUUCUGGUGCUAUACAGAACCAUAUCCAAAAAGGUUCUAUAUAGAAACA